AUGGAGCACAUGGAAGACUCUCUGCGAUCCUCCAACAACGCGCACAGGCUCCACUUGCUGCAGAAUCUCCGUAAGGAGUUGCUGAAGUGUCGCGGCUUCGAGAUUACCAUGCCGCGCAUUCGGACCAAGGACAGGAGCUCAAGCAGUGGUCUCUGGCCGGGCUUGCACUAUGCGGCGGCUUUGGAUGAUGUAGAGCUUGUUAGGACCCUUCUCAAGGCCGACGCAGAUGUGAACGCAUGCACUCAAUGUAAAGAUUUGGACUUCCAAUUACAAUGUGGGCAAACGCCCCUGCAUGUUUGGGCCGCCUUCUCUCGGGAUCCCGCAGUAGCAGAAGCCCUACUGCAACGUAAAGCCGAGGUGGACGCUUUAGAUGAUGACCGGAUCACUCCAUUGAUGAUCGCUUGCCAGAUGGGCAACGAAGCCAGUUGCAGGACCUUGUUGAGGUGCUCGGCCAACGUGAACCACCAAGACAAGCUGUGCUUGACGCCGAUUAUGCUCGCAGCGGCAUCGGACCAUGCUCGUCUUUUCUGCUCCCUACUGGAGUAUGGUGCAGAUCCUCUCUAUCAAUUUGCUGGCGUAGGGUUGUUGCACGUGGUGGCAGCUCACUGUACAGACUUCACCUCCGAGUGCCUUCAAAACCUUCUGAAGGAAGGCUUGCAGUUGAAGAGCCAGUUAUCGAUCCGAUUCUGGAGCUCACCAGGCUUUGUCCUUUGGUGUGCCUUGCUCUGCAGCAGCGAAGCGCGGAAGGAGUGGCGUUUGGUCAGCGGCAGUACGCCCUUGUGCACCAGCAUUCUACGGGGCAACGUCGGGGCGCUGCGGCUCUUGCUCCAGGCGAAGGCCGACCCGAAGGACCUCGGCACACCCGACCCUCGAGAGUACGGCAAGCGCGCUUCCAUUCCAGACCAGGUCUGGCAGCGGCUUUUAGAGGAGACCCAGGGACCGGAGACCGAGAAACCGCCCUCAUCGUGA